AUGGAGGCACCACGCCCGUGCCUCCCCGGCCUGCUGCUCGCGCUGCUUCCCUGCUGCUGCCUCCUGCCCCACGCGGCCCCACAGUCCUCCCAGCCGGCGGCGGACGAGGCGCAGCUGCUGCUCCAGAUCAAGCACGCGUGGGGCGACCCGCCCGUGCUCGCCGGAUGGAACGCCUCGGGCGCGGGCGCACACUGCGCGUGGCCAUACGUGGGCUGCGACACGGCGGGCCGCGUCACCAACCUCACCAUCGCGGACGCCAACGUCUCCGGCCCGUUCCCAGACGCCGUCGGCGGCCUUACACGCCUCACGCACCUCGACGUCUCCAACAACAGCAUCACCGACGUGUUCCCGACCACGCUGUACCGCUGCGCUUCGCUGCGGUACAUCGAUCUCUCCGAGAACUACUUCCGCGGCGAGCUCCCCGCGAACAUCGGCCACCGCCUGGCGGCGAGCCUGACCACGCUGGUCCUCAGCGGCAACGAGUUCAACGGCACCAUCCCGAGGUCGCUCUCCAGCCUCCUGAACCUCCGGCAUCUCAAGCUGGACCAGAAUCGCCUCGUCGGCACCGUCGCGGCUGGUCUCGGUGAGCUGACGAGGCUUCAGACGUUGUGGCUGGCGUUCAACCCGUUCGCCCCUGGCGAGCUGCCGGCAUCAUUCAAGAACCUGACCAAUCUAGUCAGCCUCUGGGCGGCGCACUGCAACCUCGUCGGCGACCUCCCGAGCUAUGUAGCGGAUAUGCAGGAGUUGGAGGUGCUGGACCUCUCUAACAACUCGUUAACAGGAAGCAUACCUCCGGGGGUUUGGAGUCUGACGAGGCUUCAGACGUUGUGGUUGGCGUUCAACCCGUUCGCCCCUGGCGAGCUGCCGGCGUCAGUCAAGAACCUGACAAAUCUAGUCAGCUUCUGGGUGGCGCACUGCAACCUCGUCGGUGACUUCCCGAGCUAUUUAGCGGAUAUGCAGGAGUUGGAGGUGCUGGACCUCUCGGAGAACUCGUUGACAGGAAGCAUACCUCCGGGGAUUUGGAGCCUGAAGAAAUUGCAAAAGAUGACAGUGUUCAGGAACAAACUCACCGGCGACAUGGGCGUCGACGAUGGCUUUGCUGCAAAGAGCUUGACCAUAAUUGACGUCUCCGAGAACAACCUUAGUGGAGUCAUUCCGGAAGUCUUCGGGCAUUUACAAAACCUCAGAAAAUUACACCUCUUCAGCAAUAACUUUUCAGGCCAGAUACCAGCGAGCAUCGGCCGGUUGCCGUCUCUAUGGACAUUGAGAUUGUACAGUAAUAGGUUUACCGGCACGCUUCCGCUGGAACUCGGGAAGCACUCGGGCUUGGGUUAUGUAGAGGUUGAUGACAACGAGCUCACUGGCGCCAUUCCAGAAGGGUUAUGCGCCGGAGGCCAGUUCCAUUACCUCACCGCUGAGCACAACCACCUGAACGGCUCCAUCCCAGCGGGCCUUGCCAACUGCGCAACUCUGGUAACCCUGGACCUAGACAAUAACCAGCUCACCGGCGACGUGCCAGAGGCUCUCUGGACAGCGACGCAGCUUCAGUUCCUAUCACUACAGAGUAACCAGCUCACCGGGAGUCUUCCGGCCUCCAUGCCUGGCCACCUUACGACGCUACACAUAGGGAACAACCAAUUCGGUGGCAACAUUCCGGCUUCAGCAGUUAUGCUCCACGAGUUCACCGCCGAGAACAACCAGUUUUCUGGCGCGGUACCGGCGAGUCUUGGCGACGGCAUGCCGCUGCUGCAGACACUGAACCUGUCGGGCAACCAACUCUGUGGCGCGAUCCCCAAGAGUGUUGCUAGCCUGAGGCAGCUGACGUUUAUGGACAUGAGCAGGAACCAGCUCAGCGGCGCGAUACCGGCCGAAUUGGGCGCCAUGCCGGUGCUCAGCGUCCUUGACCUUUCGUCGAACAUGCUCUCCGGCGCCAUACCUCCGGCGCUUGUGAAGCCAAACCUCAACACCCUCAACCUGUCCUCCAACAACCUCAGCGGCCAGGUCCCGAUCGGGUUCGCCACGGCGGCCUACGACAACAGCUUCCGCGACAACCCCGGCCUUUGCACCGAGGCUCCGGUACCCGCCGGCGUGCGCUCCUGUGCUGCGGGAUCGCAAGACCGGGGUUCUUCCCGAGGCGUCUCGCAUGCACUCCGCACGGGGCUCCUCGUCGCUGGUGGCGCGCUCCUCGCCGCGGCGGCCUUCGCCCUGCUACUCGUCCGCGACAUCAAGAAACGGCCGCGUGUCGCGGUCCAGGACGAGUGGAAGAUGACGCCUUUCGUCCAGGAUCUGGGCUUCGGGGAGGCGUCCAUACUCCGGGAGCUGAAAGAGGAGAACCUCAUCGGCCGCGGCGGUUCCGGCCACGUGUACCGCGUCACCUACACCAACCGUCUCAACGGGAGCGCGGGUACGGUUGCCGUGAAGCAGAUUCGGAUCGCCGGGACGCUGGACGAGAAGCUGGAGCGCGAGUUCGAGUCGGAGGCGAGCAUCCUCGGCAACGUCCGGCAUAACAACGUUGUCAGGCUGCUGUGCUGCCUCUCCGGCACAGAGGCCAAGCUCCUUGUGUACGACUACAUGGACAACGGCAGCCUGGACCAAUGGCUCCACGGCCACAACGCCAGCGCUGAUGGGCUCCUUACGGCCAGGACGCCAUCCGCGCGGCGGGCGCCGCUGGACUGGCUGACGAGGCUCAGGGUGGCCGUGAACGAGAAGGUUGACGUCUACAGCUUCGGCGUCGUUCUCCUGGAGCUCACCACCGGCCAGGAGGCCAGCGCCGGCGGCGAGCACGGCUGCCUGGUGGAAUGGGCGCGGCACCACUACCAAUCAGGGGGGAGCAUCCCCGAUGCCACAGACAAGAGCAUCAGGUAUGCAGGGUACUCUGAGGAGAUCAAGGUCGUAUUCAGCCUAGGAGUGCUGUGCACCGCAGAUAUGCCGUCGUCGCGGCCAACCUUGAAGGACGUGCUGCAAAUCUUGCUCAAUUGCAGCGACCAGACGCGCCAGAAGAGCAAAAUGGAGAAUGGCCAGGAGUACGAAGCGGCUCCUCUCCUGCUGCCGCAGCGACGCAGUCACCGGAAACAGCCGUCGGACGGAACAGGAAAUGACAUCGAAGAAAAUAGUGACUUCGACAGCACGGUCUAA